AUGACGCUUGCUUUUCCUCCUCCACCAACAAAAUUACUCGCUGCACCUUUCGUCGUCGCCGGUCUAUCGCUUUGCGCAUUGACGGGAUACCUCGCGUUCACCCUUGCCACAACAUAUAUUCGCGGAUGGCGCUCACCGUUGAACGUGCUACCCGGCCCACGGCCUACUUCGAUCCUCAUGGGCAACUUCGGCGUCGUCAGCGAGCAAGAAGGCGCGCGCAUGAUGGAGAACUGGGUACACCAGUUCGGACGCGCGUAUGUCGUUCAGAGUGUUCUGGGGAGAAAGAAGCUCUUGACUGUGGAUGCUAAAGCACUGCAUCACAUUGCACACCAUGGCGAUCUCUUCCAGCGGAGCGAGCAAGCGCAACAUAUGUUCGAAGCGAUCUUGGGCAAAGGUCUACUCUUCGCAGAAGGUCCCACGCACCGCCGUCAACGGAAGGUCAUCAACCCCGCCUUCGGUCCGGUUCAGGUCAGGAAGUUUACCGAGAUAUUCGUCGAGAAGUCCAAUGAGCUGCGGGACAUCUGGCUCGAUCUCGCGGCCAAAUCCACCCGCAAAGAUGGUCGCGUACGUGUCAACGCGUUCUCCUGGAUGAACAAGGUAACAUUGGAUAUCAUCGGACUCGCAGGCUUUGGCUACGAAUUCGACUCUCUACACAGAGCAGAAGACGAUCAGGACGAGUUGUACCGUGCCUUCAGCAGGACCAUAAACUCAAAGCGCAGUCCUUUCCUCUUCGUUCAAAUAUCCAUUCCCAUUCUUCGUGACUUGCCUUUUGGCCCCGUGGCAGAAAGCAAGAGGAGCACCGCCAUCAUCCGCGAAAAAGGAAUGGAGCUCAUGCAGGCGAAGAAGAAGGCUAUUCUGGACGCUGCCAACGGCGGCUCGAUGGAGAAGGCCGAUUUCGGUAAUGAUUUGAUCAGCCAGUGCUUGAAGUCCAAUCUCGCCAGCGACCUCCCGGAAAGCAUGCGGAUGAGCGACGAUGAGAUCAACGGACAGACGCCCACCUUCUUGCUCGCUGGACACGAGACGACCAGUACUGCCGUAUCGUGGACUCUUUUCGCGCUUGCCUGCCACUCGGACGUACAAGCACAGCUCCGCGCCGAACUGGUUCAAUUCCCGCACGACACGCCUUCAAUGGACGACCUUAACUCGCUGGUAACACUCGAUAACGUCCUACGCGAAGUCCUUCGUCUAUAUGCACCCGUCACGACGUUCCAGCGCGACGUCAAGCAAGAUACCACCAUCCCCCUCGGCACACCGAUCGUCGACAAGUACGGCGUAACGCGUUCAGAGAUCUCAGUGGCCAAGGGCGACCAAGUCUCUUUCCCUAUCCGUAUCGUCAACCGCUCGGUCGAGAUCUGGGGCGAAGACGCCCACGAGUUCCGUCCAUCACGUUGGACCGACUCAGCGCCAGAAGCGGCACAUGGACUUCCUAGCGUCUACAGCAACCUCAUGACAUUCGGCGCCGGCGCGCACGCCUGUAUCGGCUUCAGGUUCUCGAUCAUCGAGGCCAAGGCGAUCCUCUUCUCCAUCUUCCGUAACUUUGAGGUUGAGCUGGCCGUUGAGCCGGACGAUAUUGUGCGGCGCGUUGCAAUCGUUGGUAGACCGACAGUGGCGAACAGCCCGCAAGAGGGCGUGCAGCUUCCUAUCCUCAUUCGGCCGAUCAAGCCUACGUAG